GUGUGAAGUUAAUAUGUAGUGUCGACUGUGAAACGCUUCACAAAUGUGUUGGAGAGAGAGGGAGAUAGAAGUAGGGCAGCAAAGACCGGACUCUCAUCGAUACACUUGUUCUCUGACAGACUUCACUGAUCUCCAUCUUCACCUUCAUCUCCACCUUCACCUUCAUCUCCAUCUUCACCCAUGUCGGUUCUUCCUCUGUGGGUGAAAAUUUUCCGGCAGGUCUGGAGGUUGAAGGGCGUCGUCGUCCUCGUCUGCAGCCCGUUCAUCCUGCUGCCGCUCGCCGUCAGCACCUCGGAGGCGGCCUGUGCUUACGUCAUAGCCCUCAUGGCGGUGUACUGGUGCACUGAGGUGUUGCCGUUGGCGGUGACGGCGCUGCUGCCGACCAUCCUGUUCCCUGUCCUCGGCAUCAUGGAGUCCAAAGACGUGUGUAUGCAGUACCUGAAGGACACCAACAUGCUGUUUGUGGGGGGGUUGAUGGUGGCCGUGGCUGUGGAGCACUGGAACCUCCACAAACGCAUCGCGCUCAGAGUCCUGCUGCUGGUUGGUGUACGACCUGCCCUGUUGAUGCUGGGGUUCAUGGGAGUAACGGCCUUCCUCUCCAUGUGGAUUAGCAACACGGCCACCACCGCCAUGAUGGUCCCCAUAGUCCAGGCCGUCCUGGACCAGCUCCAUGGCAACGUAGAUCCAGAGCCCUCCUCCAAGAGCCAGAACGGGACCAUCGUUCUGCAUCAGGAACAUCAAGAGAAAACCAUCAGCAACCUGCAAACCGCUGCUACAAGCAUCCUGGAGAAAGGUCUGACACAAGGCAACUCAGAGAAAACCAGCAACCUACAGGACAACAUUUCCUCUGAACAGAAGGUGUCGUCAGAGAGUCAGAUAGACGGACAGGAAACUGUCAAACCAACACCUCAGGACAAACCUCCGUCAGACAGCGACAACACUGGACCUGUGGUUGUGACGGUGGAGAACGUCUGCUGUCAGAUGGAGCUGGAGGAGCUGAGUGACGUGGUGGAGGAGAGGAGGAGGAUGAGUAAAGGCCUCCUCCUGUGCGUGUGCUACGCCGCCAGCAUCGGAGGCAUCGCCACUCUGACGGGCACCGGACCAAACCUGGUUCUGAUCGGACAGAUGAGCCAGCUCUUCCCUCAGAACGGGGACGUGAUCAACUUUGCGUCCUGGUUCGCCUUUGCCUUCCCCACCAUGAUGCUGAUGUUGACUCUCGCCUGGUUCUGGUUGCAGUUCCUCUACAUCGGCUGCAACCUGCGGAGGACGUGGGGCUGCGGGGCUGUCCAAUCAGAGAAGGAGCGAGCAGCGUACAAGGUGAUCAGGGACGAGCAUCGUCGCCUGGGACCCAUGAGUUAUGGAGAGUUCAGCGUCCUGGCGCUCUUCAUCCUCAUGGUGGUGCUGUGGUUCACACGAGACCCCCGCUUCAUGGACGGCUGGGCCACGCACAUCUUCAACGCCAAAGCUGAGUUCGUCACUGAUGCGACCGUCUCUCUGUUUGUUGCCGUGUUGUUGUUCGUUCUUCCCUCUGAGCCGCCGAGAUACCUCUGCUGCUGGAGGAGCUCUGACACAGAGUCCCAAGUGUCACGAGGCCCCGCCCCUCCACUGCUCACCUGGCAGGUGACUCAGAAGAAGAUGCCCUGGAACAUCGUCCUGCUGCUGGGAGGAGGCUUCGCCCUCGCCAAAGGCAGCGAGGAGUCCGGUCUGUCCCGCUGGCUCGGCGCUCAGAUGACACCGCUCCACUCCAUCCCUCCCUGGGCCAUCGCCAUCGUCCUCUGCCUCCUCAUCGCCACCUUCACUGAGUGUGCCAGCAACGUCGCCACGGCAACGCUCUUCCUGCCCAUUCUGGCCUCCAUGUCCCAGUCCAUAAGCUUGAACCCCCUGUAUGUGAUGAUCCCCUGCACCCUGAGCGCCUCCUUUGCCUUCAUGCUGCCGGUGGCCACGCCUCCCAACGCCAUCGUCUUCUCCUAUGGUUUCCUCAAAGUGUCCGACAUGGCUAAAACAGGUGUGGUGAUGAACAUCAUUGGGAUCGGUUGCAUCAGUCUGGCCAUCAACAGCUGGGGUCGCGUCAUGUUUUCUCUGGACUCGUUUCCUUCCUGGGCCAACACCACCGCACCUGUGUAGGACCACUUCUGGUUUCUACAACCUGCAACUUGCUGCCACAAAUGUAUUUUAUCAAAGUUUUCAGGCUUCACCACUGGACUCUGGACAGUGUUUGGGUGAAAUUUCCUAGCAGGGAAUAUGUUUUAUUUUAUUGUUAUACUGCAGCUUGUAACAGCUGGUUCUGAGCCACCAGAAGCAUCAUCUGGACAUAACUGAUCGAGAGCGUGUUUCCCAAAUGUUAUUUAGCUAUUAUUCUUUAGAAGACAAUGAUAUGACUAAUUAGUUCAGUGGAGAUGGACAUUGUUCUGAAUUUAUCAAGUAAGUGCAAGUGAACAAGUCAGGGUUAGUUCGCAGAUUAAAACAAGGGCAGAUCAGAAAACAUGGAGGCUGAAACUGAAGAAGAUAAAGUCUGAUAUCUUACAGUUUCUUCAUAAAGCAACAAACCUACCAAUCAAAAAUUAAAACCUCACAAAGGUGCAAUGUUUGGGUAAACUGACUCCAGAUCAGUGACUUCACCAGGACUUUACUGUUCCAGGAACUCUUCUGUCCUGACAAGAUGCAGGAAAAACAACAACCCUCAUCCCUGUGAAUUGGAAUUCUUUUACGUAAUUAGAAAAUAUAUAUACUGUGUGUUUUCUAUUGUUUUCUAUUUAAGCACAUUAGUUUUAUUGAAUAACAUAGUUUUUAUGUGAGUGAAUGGGUUUGUACAUAAGUAACUUGCAGAGUUUUGUAUCAUGUUGCUAACAGUUUUAUUUGAUGUUAAUAAACGUUGGUCUUUAAAGAAA